CAUUUGAUAAACUGUAGCAUUGGAAGAAACACCAGAAAGGCAAUCAUCAACGAACAGCAUUCAAUGUAAGGAGUUCUAUCAUAGGAUAAUUCUUCAAAGGGAAAUUAAAGAAGAGAUGAUUAUGAGGUCCUAUUUUAUUAUCCUGGCUUUGAGCUUUAUCUCUUCUAUUGUUGAAGCUCAGGUAAGCUCACUGAUGCAAACACUUAACUGCUCCACGGAUUAUGACUCAUAUACAGCCUGUACCUGGUUUGAACACCAGGAGGCAAGAAGACUUGUCAACAUGAGCCUUCUCUAUAAGGACAAAGAUAAGAAGCUUGAAAAUGUGGCAUGCAAUUCUCAAAAAGUGGGCUCUCAAAUACGGUGGGAAUGUCACAGAAGCCAGGACAUUAUAAUCUUUGGAAUGAAUAAUACCUUCGUUUUCAAACCAGAGCUGUCACUGGAUGUCCAACUGAAUGUCAGCUUCUUCAAUAAUGUCCAGCCUUUGCCACCCUCAAAACUAGUGGUGAGCAUCACAGAAGAUGGUGACUCCUUUUUGCUAUGGGAAGCAGGUGAUGGAAUCAACAGAAACCACUGGCUGGAGGAUAGUUUGGACUUUGAAGUCAUCUACAAAAGGUUUUGGGAAUCUUGGGAGGAAUCUUCCUCUAUUUUGGUCUCAAAUGCCUCCCAAUGCCUUCUCCAACACCUCAUACCUGGGAACACCUAUGUUGCUCGUGUUCGAAGCAAACCAGGUCGAACGAGCCAGCUUGUUGGCCAUUAUAGUGACUGGAGCUCUAUGGUAACUUGGGAUACCCCAGAAGGUAAGGCUGAAGCUCAGCCCAAGAACAUCCAUUGUCGAUUUAAAGGCAUCGAUCAGCUCAAAUGCAGCUGGGAGGUGAGGCAAGAGAUUACCAGUUCUAUUUUGUUUACCCUCUUCUACAAAGAUAACACAACAUCACAAGAGAAGGAAUGCUCUCCAGUCCAUGAAAAGGAGCUACCUCCCAGCCCUCUUAAUAGUCCUAAGCAUGUCUUGCAAAGCUGUGAAAUCAGUGUCACCAGCCCAAAUGGACAAAGUCAGUACUUUGUUACUGUUCGCCCAAAAGAAGAAAAGAGAACAGUGGAGUUGGCAAAGCAAAUCAAGGCAGCCUCGCCUUAUAACUUGUCUGUGACAGAUUUGAACUAUCAAGCCUACAAACUGCAAUGGAAGGCCACACUCCAUCGGAAUAUUGCACAGAUAUACCAGAUUUUAUACUGGAAGACUGAAAACCCAUCAGAGGCCAAACAUGUCAAUGCUAACUUUUCUAAAGACUUUACCUUCACUUCAAAGUUCCUGAACCCAGGCUCAAGUUACACAGCAAAGGUGCGAGCAAAAGUGAAUGCACCUAGCUACGAUGGCCCCUGGAGUGAGUGGAGCAAGGAAUUGCAGUGGACCACGAAGGACAUUUUUCCAACUUGGGGUAUUGUACUGAUUGGAAUCAUCUCUAUUAUUUUAAUCAUGGUGGUCCUCUACUAUUGUUAUGAAUACCUUCUUAGAAAGAAAAGAAAAUGGGAGGCAACUAUUCCAAGUCCUCCCAGGACACUUCUGCUCCCAGGCUUUUUUCAGAAAGUAGAAUUACCAGAUAACUUGGAAGACCAUAGUACACAGAGCUCUUCAGCAUUGCAAGGGUUCGACUAUACCAAGAUCUUAGAAAGGGAAAUGCUGGUGACCCAUCCAGAGUCUCUUCCAGUUGAGUCAAGGAAAACAGCACAGCAUUCACGUGUCUCUCAAAGUAUGGCAGAAAUUAAACUUCCAAAUGUAAGCAAAGCUGGCCAAUUUUUGACUCAAAGUGUUGAAAAGACAGUACUCAGUAGUCACCAGCCUCAGAUCUUUGAUUAUGAUGGCCCAUACUUACACCUUUCACCAGAAUCUUCUGUACGUGAUGUUUUACAAGAUAUGGAAGCUAUACCAUCAGAAAAAACAGAAAUGUCUCUGUCUUUGAAGCAUAUGGAAUUGCCCCAUUGCUUGUACCCCCAGAAGCUCCCAGUAGGGAAAGAGAAAGAGGCAGUUCCAUUUUUUCUUACGAUCAGUGAUGGACAGGAGGAAAAGAAGCAGCAACUUCUGAAAAGACAAGAAGUAUCUCAAAGGGAUAUGUAUGUGAAAGAAGACAACAAAAAUAGGGGUACACAACAUCUUCCCGGUACAAACAACUCUGGUCAAGAUGGACCAUUGGAUUACAUUACCACUGAAAAUUUACCAAUAAAUGAAGUAGAGGGCUCUUUACAUUGGACAUCUGUGGUGGCCUCAGAGAAAGAGAUGCAUAACUGUAGUGGAAUGGCCACAGGUGUGCCAGAAACAAGUGCAGAUCUCUCAAGCCCAGUGAUGGAUCAGAAGAAACCAGACAAUGUGCUGUCAGCAAAGGAACAAAUGCUAGCUAUUCCCAAAGCAUUUGAUGACUAUGUGACGAGCCUUCCUGCAAUUCCAGGAUCUACACUGAAGGAAGGACUUGGUCUUUCCACCGAGGAGCCCAAGCACAACAAGGGAUUUUUUAUAUUCAACCCUGACAACAAGAGCCCUGUUUUCUUAAAUCAAGUGGGAGAUUACUGCUUCUUUCCUAGCUUCAAGUUCAACAAUGAAACCCUCAAGAAUCCCAAGAGAACACUGGGGCAUGGCUUUUCAGAAAUGGGCUCCAAAGUCACAGAACCUCUUGAUGAUGCCAACUCUGUUGGAAGCAAGCUACAGACAACUAUUUCACCUCUGCCAAGACUCGAAGUUUAAACUUCCCUUUCUAGUAUGCCAUGAAGAGGAUAAAAAUGUCAUCCCUGCCUCAGCUGAUCUAGAUAAAUCCAUUAAGCAGAUGGAUAGCGGGGUAGUAAAACUGGGGUCACAGGACUGAAGCCUCAGAUCUUUUUGAUGAACAAGGACUUUGAUAUCAUCUGACGCUCCACUUGGACUUCCUACUAAGAUUAGUUGGAAUUCCCACAGUAGUUCAAUGAGAAACCAUUUACUAGAAAUGGCAUAUUGUUAUAGACUCUCUCUAAUGCAAUCUAAAAUAUUUGGUAUAGGUAUGGGUGGGUGUCUUGGUUAGGCAAGAGCUGUUAGAUUUACAAAAGACCAGCUUCUGGUGGAGAUAAUUGCUAGAAAUAGCUUUAACUCAACAGAACUGGCUGCUUGUAUGGACAAUGUGGGAGUGUUUCUAUAGAGAUUGCCUUGAAGAAGCCUUGUGCUUCCAAAAUUACCCUUAUUCUAGUAGGGAGGAGCUGAGGAAUCCCUUCCCUUGGUUGAUCAACAUGGAUCAGCAGAUUUGGGAUUCUGUGUGUUUGUGUUUGCAUGUUUGUUUUGGAAAGUAAGAGAAAAAGAGAGAAAGAGAGAAAGAGAUUGUGAAUGGUAUGGAUGCAUGAGUGAUAUGAGAUGAUCAAGCAAAAUCCCUCCAAAGUUGUUGGACACCAUUUACUGUUUUUUAAACCUAACUUUCUGCAUUCCCUUUUCUAACUCACUUCCUUCUCAGCAAGUUUUCAGAAUAGAUAAUUAUAGCACUGUAGUUUCAGUUUAAACCAUAACAAUACUCCAUGGAAUCCCUGGAUUUGCAAUUUAGAGAGAAAUCUCUAUGAGAAAGGUCUAUUUCUUCAGCAAACUACAGACCACAGGAUUCCACAGGGGAAAGCCAUGGCAUAGUAGUAUAAUUGUAUACAGACAGCUCCCGAGUUACAAACAUUUGACUUACGAAUGACUCACAGUUAGGAAUGGGAGUGAGACAACAGGAAGUGAGAGAAAUCUACCCUGGGGAAGAAAAAAUCACUCCUGAAAUAGUUAUCAUGUGGAAAAGGUGUUUCCACUGAAGCUUUCUCAUCAACCCUUAUUUCCAGAAGAAGCAUUUUUUUCAAAAUCCUAUUAUCAUAGGGACAGAAAGUGAUGCAAAAUCUUCUGAAGGAGGACAUAAACAGCAGAAUAAACACCACAGGGGUGUUCACCCUUCCCUAUUCUUUUUACUUAGGUGAUACCUCAUAGCCUGAGUAUGAUAGUUCUUCAAGUCUAGUGUCUUGGCAGUAGGUUCAUAGGUGGCAGCUGUGGAGCCCUAUUCUUGAUCCGUAUGUUCUCCUGCAGCAAAGAUAUCAGUUUCCAGGUGGAAGGCAGUCCUGGUCACAGUUGGCCUGAUGUGCCUUCCUCUUGGCACAUUUCUCCCUUUUGCCCUCCAUUUGUACCUCUUCGAAUUCUGCAGUACUGCUAGUCACAGCUGACCUCCAGUUAGAGCGCUCAAGGGCCAGGCUUCCCAGUUCUCAGUGUCUAUGCCACAGUUUCUAAGGUUGUCUUUAAGCCCAUCUUUAAAUCUCUUUUCCUGUCCACCAACACUACAUUUCCCAUUCUUGAGUUGGGAGUAGAGUAACCGCUUUGGGAGACAGUGAUCGGGUAUUCGAACCACGUGGCUAGUCCAGCAGAGUUGAUGGUGUAGGAGCAUCGCUUCAAUGUGGAUGGUCUUUGCUUCUACCAGCAUGCUGACAUUUGUCCACCUCUCUUCCCAAGAGAUUUGCAUGAUAUUUAAGAGGAAAUGCUGAUGGAAUUGUUCCAAGAGUUGAGUGUGAUACCUGUAGACAGUCCAUGUUUUGCAGGCAUAUAGCAGGGUUGGGAGGACAAUCACUUUAUAAACAAGCACCUUGGUCUCUCUACGGAUGUCCUCAAACACUCUCUGCUUCAUUCAGAAAAAUGCUAGACUCACAGAGUUCAGGCGGUGUUGUAUUUCAGUGUCAAUGUUGACUUUUCUGGAAAUGUGCUGCCAAGAUAGCGGAAAUGGUGAACAUUUUCUAAUGUUACACCAUUAAGCUGUAUUUCUGGCAUUGCAGAUGGAUUAGUUGGUGACUGCUGGAAGCUUCCCUAUGCUAUUCAAAGCUAAAAGAUAUAUAUUUGAGUUACACUUUAAAAAUGUACGUAUACAAAUCAAUUCAACUUAAGAACCAAUCUUGUUCAUAACUUGGGGACUGCCUUUAGUGUAAAAGGCACCGCAGUUUUGUUUCUUUUUUUUUUUAAAUACUGAACUGGCCUACAAUACAAAAUACAGCCAUGUGCCAGUUUUAAAAAAGACCCCCUGAUACCAAAUUUCCUUUUAACAAGGUUUUAACAUUUUAAUGCUUGUGUAGCCCUUUUAAUGCUUGUCUGGCCCUCUUUGUCUUCUGUCUAGCUGGACAUUUUUAAAGUAGCAUUGGUAUUCAGAGAACGGUGUAGGUGGACUGGUCAGGUAGAAGUAGCAUGUUUGCAACAAACAAAACAGUAACACUUACUCUGGGAAAGAACAAGUAUUUCUUUUAGCUAAUUGUACUGUAGCUUUGCAUUAUAUGCCCACAAAAGGCAAACUGUAAUUACCUCCAAAAUCCCUAAAUAAGAAGGCAUGAAGAACAAAACAGAAAGAAAAAGGGAGAGUACCUUUGCAGCUACUCUCAGAAUAAUAAAUAAGGAUAGAUAUAUAGAUUUGGCCACUGAAAUUGUAUUCAUAACAAAAGUGGUGGUUGGUGAAAGAAGACCUGAAUUUUCAAAGACGUUCCAAAGUGGUCUCUAGAAGGUUCAAAAUGCUUUUACUUAUUUGACUUACCUGAUCUUCUUUUCACAUCAUGUUGCUUGUUAUGAAUAAAAAGUUUGCUGAAA